UCUCAGGUGCUGGCCCAUCAGAUUUCUUUUGACUUUUGUUAAGAAUCCAUGUGUGAAUUGCACCACCUUGAUACAUGUGAUGGAAAAAAGGAGCAUGUUUGCACACAUUUGCGUUUCAUUUUUAGGUCAGCACUCCAGCAAAAACAGGCAGAAGAAGAGGAACAAUAUGGAGCAAUUGAUUACGAGACUCCAACUGUGCCCACAAGUAAUGCUGUUGGACUGGGUACUAAGAUUGGAGCUGCAGUCACAGCCUUGAUCUUUGGACUUGUUUUUGCUUUUGGGGACUUUCUUCCCUCUGAAAAAAUUACUCCGACCGAAGAAGCCACCACUGUUGUUGAAAAAUUUUCAGCUAAAGAGAGAGAAAGUCUAAAGAAGAGGCUGCAGCAAUUUGAGCAGACGCUGAGCAUCUCCCAAGACAAUCCCAUUGCUCUUGAAGGGGCUGCAGUAACACUAGCUGAAUUAGGAGAGUAUGAUCGAGCUGCCUCACUCCUUGAGGAUUUGACGAAGAAGAAACCAAGUGAUCCUGAUGUUUUCCGAUUGCUAGGAGAAGUUAAAUAUGAACUCAAGGAUUAUGAAGGAAGUGCCAGGGCCUAUAGAAAUUCGGCAAUGGUGUCAAAAACUAUUGACUUUGAAGUAACUCGUGGUCUUACAAAUGCACUGCUCGCUGCCAAGAAACCUGGCGAGGCUGUCCAAAUGCUUCUUCCAAUUCGUGAGAUGCUGAAUAAUGAGAAAAAUGUUCACAAUAAUUUUGAGGCAGAGAGCAGCAUAGUGGAGAAAAGCUCUCAAUUGGAUCCCAUUCAAGUAGACCUACUUCUUGGAAAAGCCUACUCAGAUUGGGGGCAUGUCAGUGAUGCUGUAGCUGUUUAUGAUCAAAUUAUUUCUAGCCAUCCUGAUGAUUUUAGAGGUUACUUAGCAAAGGGUAUCAUCUUGAAGGAAAAUGGUAAUGCCGGUGGUUCAGAAAGGAUGUUCAUGCAAGCUCGGUUCUUCGCUCCAGAGAAAGCCAAAGCACUGGUGGACAAAUACUCAAGAUGACAUCUGCUUCUGCCUUCUUGUUGGUUUAACUGUGAUUUGCUUGGGCGGAGGGACAGGCACGUAUCUUGCUGUAUAAACAUGUACUGCUUUUGGGAGGUACUAUUACUGUCUGGAAAAUGCUUUCUCAAUUGCACAUGCUAUGAGCGCAAUCCAAUCCAGUCCGGGCGGCAUUUUACGAAUUUGCCUUUACGAUCGCACAUGCUGCCUGCCAUUACUAUUUACUACUCGUGGUGAGAUUAGCCGUUUGGGACUGCCAUUAUCUGCUGCAGUAUUGGUUUUGUUUUAGGUGUGUGAUUAGUACACAAGUACAAUGGCGUGCGCACGGAGCCCAGCCGGCAUAAAUGUUACGAGGGAUCGCAAAUCAUCACUGUACUGUAUUGUAUUGUGAGGACAAGGCCAUGGAGCUGCCAACGGCAGUCAAAGAGUAAUAGAGCGAGUAGUUUUCCCUAAAAAACUGCUGAUGCGGAAGUGCGCUGACUUGGCUCAGUGCAGCCCAGCACAUGAUGUCACGUGGGCAUGGUUAUAAUUAUUGAACAAGUAAAAGCAUCAAACUUGUAGCAUUGUAGAGAAUUAAUUUGUGUUUUAAUAUUCAUCACGUUAUUCAAUUA